AUGAACAGCAAGGCGGCACAGGAACGGCAGCAGCGCAUCCUGCUCGACCUCGUUCGACAGCCGGGCAACGAUGUUUGCGCCGAUUGCAAGGGUCGCGCGCCGCGAUGGGCAAGCUGGAACCUGGGCAUCUUCAUCUGCGUGCAGUGCGCCGGCGUACACCGCAAGAUGGGCGUGCACAUCUCCAAGGUCAAGUCGAUCACCCUCGACACGUGGACGCGCGAGCAGGUGGACCGCAUGAAGGAGAUGGGCAACCUCAAGAGCAACCGCAUCUUUAACCCCGACGAGAUGCGCAAUCGACCGCCCACUAACAUGGAGGAGAGCGAACGCGAUAGCGAGCUCGAAAAGUACAUCCGCCGCAAGUACGAGUUUCGCAGGUUCAUGGAGGGUCGUCCGCCGCCAGUGCCCACCAAGGACGCCACCUUCUUGACCUCGCCGCCUGCAUCGUCCGGGCGGUCAAGAUCGCCAGUUCCGGGCGUGUCGGAACAGCGCAAUCUGGCGCAGGGCAGCAGUAUAGCACGAUCGCGCACGGCCCCGAUCCCAUCGACGUGGAGUGAGGCUCAAAGAAGAGUGGGUGCAAAUGCGCCGCCACUUCCGCCGAGCACCAAGGCGUUUGCACUCCCAACGGCCGCAGCCUCUUCCCAGCCCACGCUGCAGCUCCCGAGCGGAGUUGUGCCACAACGCACAUCGAGCGCGCUCGACGGCCGCAACGGCAGCAGCAGCGCUGCCUCGCGGCCGGCGGGUGGAGCGAGUGCGCAAUCGAACGUCUUUGACGAUCUCAUCUCGCUGGGCGAGCCGUCCUCAACGCCGACUACGCAGCAGCCUGCACUGCAGAUGAAUCCAUGGGCGGCGAUGCAGGCCCAGCAGCAAGCGGUCCUGAGCGCUCCGGCUAUUCAGGAACCUUCUGGCAACUUUUGGUCUGCUUCCAGCAGCGGUGGUGGAGCAUCGCCUGCAUCGCCGUUUGGAGUAAGUCCUUCCGGAGGCACGUCGUUGGGUGCCAUGCGGGCUAUGCCACAGCAUGCUAGUACGCUGCCGGUGGCGACGCAGCCGCAGGGCCUGGGUGGCGUUUCUCCCGGCAUGCUGAGUCCCGGAGGAAUGUUUCCGCAGUACCAGCAGCAGCGCAGUGCGAGUUUGGGCAGCAUGGCAUUCUCGACCUCGCCCAUCGCCUCGCCUGGGUAUGCGUCGAGCAACCCGUUCAACACGAUGCAGUAUGCCUCGACGGUUCCGCAGCAACAAUCGCAACAACUGGGACAGGCUGCAUUUGGACAACAGACGAUGGCGGCGCCAUUUUACGGCCAACAGGUACAACAGCAAGCGCAACCGCAACAGCAAGGUCAAUUCGGACAGUUUCACUCGUCGAUGAUGCCGAACGCAUAUGGACAGUCGCAGCAGCAACCGUUCAUGCAGCAAAAUACCCAGCACUCGACGCAGUUCGGCAACAUGUGGUAG